CUAGGUCUAGGCUACUAACGGUAGGCCUUGCCUAUGUAGAAGUGGCAUGUGCACUGUAAAUAUGCAGAAGCUCAAGCAGGCUGAUUUUAGUAGAUGAGAAGUAUUCUUAUUUAGGCCUAGGGUCUAGUCAGUGAGAUAAAGUGAGCUAAAGUAUUUGAAAUGGAUUGCGAAGCUGAAUUGAUUGAGUUCAAGAGGCCAUUAGAAAGAACAAAAACUUUGUACAUAACUGGAAUCAGUAACAAAUUUACAGAAUCUGAAUGCGUGGCACAUUUGAAAAGCUUACUCGACAAACAUGGCCUCAUCUAUGACAUAUUGGUGUUUAGACCGAAGCAAAAUGAGGCAGGAACCAGUGCUGCUACUGGUAUUUCAAAUUCAUAUGCUUUCGUCAAAUUUUAUUCAACUAAAGCUGUAGCACAGGCUAAAGCAGCCAUUCAUCUUAAGCACAUGCUAGAUGGACAGUUCCUUAAGGCUGACUAUCCUAAAGGCAGUAAAAUUCUUGAUACAAAAAAAGAUCUAUUCAUUGAAAAGUGUUAUGAGCUGGCUAACUACUACUUAGGAUUCAAUGGAUGGUCAAGUCAGAUUAUUUCGCUUUCAGAGUAUACUGAAGCUGAUGAAAAGGAUGUUGCCAGUUAUGUGUGCAAUGCUAGGAUUUUAUUUCGUUUUCACGAUGUCAGCAGUGAUGGGGUUGGACUAGGACAAGUAGCAUUCAGUUCUUCUGAAAGUAAAAUGACAGCUAUUAAAAAAGCCAAGAGGGUAGCGUGUAACCGUGCAUAUGAAAAUGCAUUCUCCAAAUGCUCACUUGUAGUGCUUAACAAUGGGAAGGUUGCACCGGUCGUUGAUGAUACAACCUCCCUUGUGACACCUGAAGAAUUGGAGGGUGUUGUUAAGGUGAACAAGAUUGAUGUAGAACCAGAGGAUGAAGUAACCGAUGAAAUCGAUUGGGAUAAUACAGCCUUGCUGCAAGAUAUCAAUGAGCAACUAUUGAUAGAUCUUCAGCUCCAGUAUUAAGGGCUGUCCACACUAGCCUAUAUAUGAGCAUAAUGAUGUCAUAACAUGAUAGUGUGGACAAAGCCUCAACUACUAUAUGAUCACAUAAUCUUUCCAGCAGUUAUCAAAUUUCUUAAGGAUAUACCAUCUGUGAUCAGCUGAAGAACUUAAGAAAGAAAAAUCAAUAUUUGAUUUUUCUUUCUCAAAUUCUUCAGCUGAUCACAGAUGAAUUUAAAAAGAAAAAUCAAUAUUUGAAUAUUCAUCCAAGCUUUUACUUGGAAAUUAGCAAAAUAAAAUAUAUUUCAAUGAUUAGCGGAAUACUGAUUUCAUAUGCAUACUGUUGAAUUGGCUGGUAUAGUAAUCAAUUUUUUAGUGAUCUGCUUUUUAUUCGGAAAUAAAUAAAGUUACCAUUCGAUUUAAUUUUUACAGAUGGCAUAAAUGGUUAAAACAAUUACAAUGUUGCCUGAUUUGAUGCUGAUUAAUAGAUCAGCAGACUUUUUGUGAGCUAUCCUUAUGCUUUCAGAUUUGUAUAUUGAAUAAGUCUACAAGCCAUAUAGCUGGUUACCACAGUUCAUGGUGCCGAUGAGCAUCGGCUAAAGAACUGAAUGGGUUCAAGUGGGACUGUGGCUGUGUAAAGUUACUUGUACAUGGCAUUUAUGGAAACAACGAUUUUACAAAUCUUGUACAGUUCACAUUUCCUAAAAUCUAAUACAAUGCAUGAUGUUCUCUAAUCAAAAAGACCACAUUAUUAUUAAAAAAAAAAAAACAAAUUUCUAUAAUUCAAAUUCUGAAUAAUCUUUUAUAAGAUGUUUUUGUAUAUUUAUUACUGUUCUAAGAGAAUGUAUACAAUGCAGCUACCUCACACAAAUUUAUUUAAUUUGACUUAUCAAGUCCACUUGGCAAAUUCAUUAUGAAUAAUUUCACAAGUACUGUAUGAAAACAGCACAUAAUUGGCAAAGAUACUAGAAACACAAGAUAAAGUACCCGCAUAGCAAAAAUGAGACGGAAAUUGGUUCAGAUGUACACGGCGCCCUUCUCUAUUUAUUAAUGAAAAUUUUCUAUACUUGGUCAAGAUGUACAGGGCGCACUUGAGUUGGUAAGCAAAGAUCUUUGUUGCUAAGUAAAUCCGGACGCACGCCGCACCAUUCUCUUUCCACUAAAAAUGAAAACUUUAUCACUAAUCAGUCUCGUCAUACGGUUCUGCAGUUUUGUGUCUGUCAUAUGAUGCUUUGAUUUAUUUAUGCCUAUUUGUUUGUAUCUUAUGAAUAAUGGCAACAAUUUCUACCUACGUAAAAGGAGGUUAUGUAUUCACAGUUAUGUAAGUUUGGCAAAAUGUUUUUAGAUCCAGUAAUACGCGGCCGGAACAGUUUUUUUCUGUGGAGAACCCUAUUUGUGUUUCUAGUAUCUUUGUACAGUAGUAACAUGAUUGUUAUUAGUUUAAUCAUAAGUUAGCUUUUAGUUGCAUUUGUAAGUGGACAGGUGCUAAAGCCCUGACCAGACUGAUUUUAUUUGACAAAAACAUGUGACAUGUCUAAAUAUGGUCAUGAUGACAUCACAUCACAGCUACCGUAUAUAUAUAAGCACAUCAUGACUAUAUAUGGGCAUACAACAGUUUUUCAAGAAAAUUUGAUAAUCUGGACAGGCUUGACAACUUAAUUUUCUUUAUUGAUUUGGUUGCUAUCGUGUUCUCUUAGUCCCCUCUCUAUUUUUUAGCAAGCCUCUUUAUGCAACAUGAGGGUUCCUUUUUUGUCUGUUCAUUUUAUGUAUUUGAAUUUUUGAUGAAAUAAAGAAUUUUGUAUUUAUAUGAAAAAA